AUGGCGUGUAUGGUGUGUGCGUGUCAAUGUCGAUGGUCAGGGCAUAACCAAGCAAGAGCCCGUCAAUGGAGGAGAGUUGGGCUGGGAACCAUCUGUGGAUACACACAACAUGCGAUGCUAUUCACGACACACCACCACCACCACCAUCUCCUUCUCCUCUGUUUUCACUUUGGGCUUUCUAGAUUGAGCGUUUCUUUCCCCCCGGUUCGAUGUUUUGGGAUCAGGGGCAAAUUUCUAGUUGGCAUUGAUGGCAAGACUGUAGAUGAGCAUACUUUGGUUUGGUUUGAUACCGGUCUGGAGGAAGCAGUUUGUUCUUGGUGGGUGCCCCGUCAGCCCUUGUUGUUCAAACCAGUUGGAGAGAGAGAGAUUUCACCUUCACACAAGCAGGCGAGUGCGGGUUGGAUGGUGGCAAUGAUGUUCGGAAACCGGAGUAUCGUAGUUUAUCGGACAUGGACCACAUUAGGACAAGAUAAUCAGUAUGUAUGUAGCGUAACAGAAGCAACAGCAGCAUAA